GGACCGGUGUGUGGAGCCUGCUGUUGUAUCAUCUGUGACCGCUACAUCAUGAGAGUCACUGACAACUUGUACCACGAGAGAUGUGACAUGUACAAUGUUGUAUCUUGUACUAGGUGAUGUCAGAGCUCAAGACAGUAGGAGGACCGGUGUGUGGAGCCUGCUGUUGUAUCAUCUGUGACCGCUACAUCAUGAGAGUAACUGACAACCUGUACCACGAGAGAUGUCUCAUCUGUUGUGUCUGCGGAUGUCGUCUUUCUCAUACUUGUUUCACUAGAGACGCUAAGCUUUAUUGUCGGCACGAUUAUGACAGGAUCUACGUAAAGAAGUGCCUGGGUUGUUCAGAACGCAUCGGUCCGGACGAGUUGGUGAUGCGAGCGCUCGACUCCGUGUUCCAUCUGAGAUGCUUUGUUUGCGUCGUCUGCGGCGUGAGACUCCAGAAAGGCGACCAGUUCGUGGUCAAACAAGGCCAGCUGUUCUGCAGACCAGACUACGAGAAGGAGGUGGAGAUGAUGCAAGGAUAUUCGCAAGCCAUGGGCGAGUACCCGUGUGACGAGCUGAUGCCUUCAGCACGGAGCCAGGACGGACGACGCGGACCCAAGAGGCCGAGAACCAUUCUGACAACGCAGCAGAGGCGAGCCUUCAAAGCAUCCUUCGAAGUCAGUCCCAAGCCUUGCCGCAAAGUGCGGGAAGGACUAGCCAAGGACACGGGACUCAGUGUGCGAAUUGUGCAGGUGUGGUUUCAAAAUCAAAGAGCAAAGAUGAAAAAGAUUCAGAAAAAGCAGAGACUCGACCAGAAGAACAACAACAAAGACGGAGACUGUUCAGAUGAGAAGGGUGACAAGAUCAAGAUGAAAGAAGAAGACCACAGUCCAGGCAUGGCUGGUAUGACUUUCAUGACAGACAGUUGUUCGGACUCAGAGCUAGGUCUGGGCGGCGGUGGAGGCGGCAUGGGCGGCGGGGUCCCGGGGGCGGCACCAUCUGAGAUGUCCAUCAAGAGAGAGCUGGACCAUGACGAGGUGGCCUUCUACAAGACUAUGCUGCAGAGUCAGCCGAGAGAGUUCAUCACUGCUGAUAACGUAGUCCACAAAAUGGAGCCAGGGUUCCUCGGGUUUCCUCAGAAUCCACCAGAGGCCAUGGGGUUCCUCCACCAAGCAGGUGGUCUGCCCAUCAACCCCAUAGACAGGCUGUACUCCAUGCAGACCUCCUACUUCUGUGGCGAAGACUCAGGCAUCGAGCAAUGACAGGGUGUGCCAUAACAGACGAUCUGUCGCCCCGUCCCCCUCCGAGCCCCCCUUAAUUUACCCCCAUCACAUUCCCCCCCACAUCACACCUGAAUAAGUGUAGGAAAAGUCUAGUAGUGGAUGUAUGUAAUGCAACUAUUACAAAAAGCUGUGAAUAAGUGAACGAGUUACAUGUGUAAGAUUU